GCAUAGGGGGCGCUGAAGUUUGAGCAAUGGCGCUGACCAUGGGUGAAAAUGCGGUGUAAUCUGUUUGGUUAAUACUUUAGUUAUUAUAAUAAAAAGCGACCGCAUUACCAAUAUGCCUCCACCAAAAGGAAAGCCAAUUGGACAUAGGAACCAAAGGUCUUAUUCAAGUAGUAGAUCAAGGUCUCUUUCUCCAUAUCAAAAGAAAAGCAAAUAUUUGAAAUCAAGAUCAAGGUCACCACGAUCCGCCAGACGUAAAUCGCCACCUUCUAAGUUUCAUCAGAGUCAACACCGGAAUUACGCUGCUUCUGCAAGGAAAAGGAUACCCUCCGGCAAACCAUACAAUUUGAAAAAGAGGAGCAGAACACCUUCACCAUACGGACGAGGUUCACCUCCUCCACACAAGUCAACAGCACGGCCUAAGACAUCACACACUCAAUUACAAAGGAGAGACAAGUUGGACAACUCCAGGCCGUUAGAGGCAGGUGGUAACAGAGGAAGGUCACCAAUCUAUACAGGGUCCAAACAACAUAGGCUGUCAGAGUCUAGCGGUAAUAGGGACAGAUCGCCAAUAUACACAGGGUCAAAACAUGACAGGUUUGACCUUAAAACACGAAGGUCAUGGUCACCAGAGCAAUCCUUUCAGUACAGUGAUAGAGAUGGUAAGGGCCGAUCUGGGGCCCAGAGAAGGAGGAGCCCCUCACCGGAAUAUAAUAUGGGGCAGGGCCCUUCCGCCAUGUUGUUUCCUGCUGCAGCUAAAUUCACAUCCAUUACAGGGCCGAUCUCGAUUCCACAGAGCCACACAACGGGAAUAAAAAUGACGUUAAAUAACCGUUUUCAGUUUUUCGAUGACUUAGAAUUGCCACUGAUUGUAGAGGACAACAUUACAAUAGGUAUACAUCGUCGGGGCCCCAAUAUGGUCCAUGACUCUCAUCAACAAAUCAUACGCAGUUUCCGGCAAGGAGAUACGUUGGAUGUUCACAGGAAAGAUGAGGGAAAAUAUCCAAUCUUCGACCGAGAGGAGAUAAAAGUUUUUCGCCACGACGACAUCUUGGAUGACGAGGUUUACGAGGAGAAGAGGACAAUCAGUGUGGCACACUCAAAACCUAAGGGCCGUCGAGAUUCAUACGAGACAGACCGUCGAAUCAUACAAGGGAAAGCAGGCCAUAGUUCACGUUACAUUGAACCACAGAUCAAGUUUGAUCCUCGACCUGAUCCACGGUAUGAAAGUUUACUGACCGAUGCCAGGUUCAAAGAUGAAGCAAAGGUGACGCGUAUUCAGCGCAACCCAAACGAUCUCCGUCAUAGCCUGCAGAAGAGGCGCCAUGACGACGACGACGAAGACGACGACGAAGAUGACCAACAUUUUGAUGCUAGGAAGAAGAUCGAAGCUAAGAGGAAACACAGCCACCGUGAUGACAGGGUCCAAAGUAAGGAAAGAUACAGCGACAAGAUGGGAGACAGACGACAGGAUCGUAGUAGAUCCUCAGAUAGCAGACAAAAACAGGCGACCGAAACAGAAGUUUUACCCGAUUUUUCUAAUCGUCCAGGGAGGUUGGACGCAGAUCUCUUCAAGCAGGAGGAAUGGAAGGACAAGCCGGAGAUGAUUCCUAAAAACCCGAUGUACUAUGAGCAUGAUACUCGUGAGGAUGACCAGGGGUACGUAGGGCGUGGUCGGUAUAGCAGGCGACCUUACAGGCAGGGGUUCCGUACCAGAGGCUCGUACACCUACAACAGAGGCAGCAGCAGCAGCAGCAGCAGCACCACCACCCAACAAAGGACAAGCAGCUAUAAAGGGACAAACUUCAUACCAAACUUCCGUCCACGUGGAUUCAGGCGCCCUUACAACAGCAACUAUAGAGGGCGAGGCUCAAACACUUCGUCAGACUACUACAGAAAGACAUCUCCCUCCAGCGACAGGAAAGCUUCGUCAGACUACUACAGAAAGACAUCUCCCUCCAGCGACAGGAAAGGUUGGACGCCCCACUGGAAACAAAACUCCAACACCAGCGGCGACCGGGUGUGGAAACAUGACCUUUACGAUGACAAGGAAAAGAGUGAAGGAGACACAGGAGGCCGAAACAAUGACGAAAAAAAGACGAAUAAGGAAGAAAGUCGCGAGGACAACAAACCAACAAGUACCACAUGAGAAGAGGAGGAUAACCCUUGUAACGCCAUAACUCAACAAGGGAGCUCAAUGUUUUACCCGUGUCGACUCAUUCACCCCUGAAAUUUUAAAAUGGACUAUUCCAACCUUUGAAUUGGAAGGGUUCAAAUGUGUCUUCAGGGGUGAAUGAGUGAAAAUAAAUAACUGUAUAACCCAGGGUCAGUAUGGAAUACAGUAUUUUGCUAAAUGAGACUGAAGAGAUAGAGAGGCUAGUUUUGUGAUCAUCCUGAGAAAAUACAAAUGCAGAGAGAACUGUUCUGUGUGAUGGAUCUGCCCAUAUCUUCCUUUGUUCAACAUAAAUUGAAAUAAGUUUUAGGUUGAAAAUGUCUUGCCUACAAAGGGACUGCUGUCAUAUGUAUUCGUGAUUGAAGAAAAAAAAAAUUCUUACAAAGAAAACUUGAAGGAAGAAUAUAACACAAAUGUAGUCUCAACAUAAUACAAAGCGAAGAAAAAAUAUUCAUCUGUUUUCUAACUGAUUUUAAACAGGAAAUAUUUAAUUGAUUCAUAAUGAAUGAGUCGUUAAAACUGUAACAACCCAGUGUGAGGCCAUCUUGCGAAACUGUUACAAACUAAGUAAAGACAAGGGAGGUAACUACUACACCAGAAGUGUUAGAACAGAAUGGAAACUGCACACAGUCAAUCACUUUAGUUUGGUGAGAUAAACCAAAUGUUUGUUUGGAUAAGCAAUUGCAAAUUGGCAUAUUUUGAAUAUUAAUUGAGACACAAAAAGACAAAAAGCAUACAGUGGUCAUUAUUUAUUUUGCAAAAUUCAAAAAUCCAUUGUUUAAAGAACAGUUAUGUUCUAUGAAAUGUGUACCAGGAGAACAACUAUAACAGGGUUUGGUUUUGUUAGCCGUUCACAGACAAUUUGACCUGAACAAAUCUUAACCUGAAAUUGACCCGAAUUUCAGGUCUAAUUCAGGUUAAUUUCACAUUUAAAACAAGUUCAAAUCAGUUUCAUAUCAAUGUUGUUGUCACCUGAACACAGCCAAAAAGUCAAUUUCAGGUGAAAAAUUAACCUGAAUAAUCACCUUGAUAGAAAAAUUUACCUCACCACAUUCACUCCAGAAGACACAUUUGAACCUCUCCAAUGCAAAGGUUGGAAAAGUUCAAGGUAAAAUUCCAGGUGUAAAUGAGUAAAUUUGACCAGAAAUUGACAUCAAGAAUUUUUCAUAUCAAUUUGAGGUCAAAUUAGGCUGAAAACUUGACGUGAAAUUGACAUCAAGAAUUUUUGCCUGUGUUGACAUAAAAUGCAACAUUAGUAUUCAUGUGUCAAGAAAGCAAACUUAGACAAUUUUCUUCACUUCAAACAAAUCUGUACAAAUAUUUUGAUCUCAAUUCUGUAUUUUUCAGUAUACUGUUUACCUAUAUCUGUUCACAUACCAAGGUAAAUGUGCAGAGAUGUUAUUUUUGACCCGUGAAAAAUACAGUUUUGAUAUCUUGUGCUGCAGUACUAGUGAAAAUAACACUUUCAUUACAAAUAUGAAAUAUAUUUAUUUUUUCAAUGAUAUGACUAUCAAAUUUUCCUGUAUCUCUUUGGCACAUUACUCAUUUAUUUGGUUAAAUAUUUCAUUAUAUUGGCUCAUCUGGCACGAAGUGCAGUUUUUACUCAUUUACCCCUGAAAUUUCAUAAUAAACUAUUCCAAUCUUUGAAUUGGAAGAGUUCAAAUGUGUCUUUAAGGGUGAAUGAGUUAAUGUGCGAUGGUUUGCAUCUGCAGGUAGUAAGUAUCAACUAUUUCAACAAUUUCAAAAAAACUUUUUAGGCCCAGAUAUGAGGUUUUAAGGAAUCUUGCCAUGUAGCUUGCUAGGGUGGAAGGCUAUCAAGUGUUCUCAAAUAAAUGACCUUGACCCAGUUUUAAGGUCGCAGGUCAUAUGUAUUUACAUCAGCCAAUGACUUCUGAGGAUACUUGAGGCCUAGAAUAUAUUUGUCCUAUAACUCGGUGGAAUGAGGGGCUUGUUUUGAUGGAAAAUGUAGAUUAGCAGGUUAAGGGUUUUGUGUUUUGUCAUUGCUUAUGAUAAACCUGCUGUUAUUACCACAAAGUCGGAGGAUGUACAUAAAACACUACCUGGUAUUUAUUUCCCUUAUUUCUAUGGUACAUGUAGAAUUGAUUUUACCCCAAAAAUAUUGCCAUAUGUGUAUGUCCUGUAUACCUGACCUUACCUUAAUAUAAGGCCCCAAUCCUUUCUGAUCUGUCCUCAUAACCUAUACAACUUAAAUGCCCUCGUCCCUCCUAAUACGCCGUCAGACCCCUUACUUACCAUCCACCCUCCCUUCCCUAAUAUUGCCCUUGUCCCUCCUGAUACGCCCUCAGACCCCUUACUUACCAUCCACCCUCCCUUCCCUAAUAAUGCCCUCACACAAGGGAUGCUAUGGAUAUUUUAAUAGUUCUAUAGCAGUUUAGUGUUGGUGAGAAGUUUCUAGGUUAUGGAGAGUUUUUUUUAAAGUUAGGUAUUUUAAUGUCUUUUUAUCAUAAACCAAUGCUAUUUUUUGUCUAGAAGCUGAGAAAACUCAACUGUUGUGAUUUGUCUCAAGGCAGAUGUUUCCACUUGUUAUCCAAGCAAUUCAUCAUUUGUGCAAUUUUAACUAGUUUUUAUGCACCAUUUCACUAAAUGUAAUGGUUGAUUUCCUUAAAAAAAUCCAGUUGUUGCCAGCCAUGAACUGGACUAAUUCAAGAAAUUUACUUCCAUGGAUUGUGUUAUUUCUUUGAAUAUUGUGAUUUCUUAACUCAUUCACCCCUGAAAUUUUGUAAUGUACUAUUCCAAUCUUUGAAUUGGAAGAGUCCAAAUGUGUCUUUAGGGGUGAAUGAGUUUUAAACAUCGCAUAGGCAUAAUGUAUCUAAUAUAACAUUGUUUGUAGAUUGUAGUGCUUGGAUGGCCUCCUUCAAAAGGAAAAUUUAAAGAUAUGUCAUUGUUUAAAUCAUUUUACUGUGAAACAUUGUACAUGAGAUAUUUGUUUUCUUCACUUCCAUUGAAUUGUUAAUACAAUUUCAAAUAUGACAAAAGUUGUUUUUGUUAUUUGAAAGACAUUAUAGACACAUUAACUGAUUUGUCAUUUCACACAAAGGAACAAACUGUAUAGCCAGUUAUUUUUAUGACAUUAAAUUUAUCAGAUUAUACUUCAAAUGACAGAAUUGAAUUUACAACAGCUAAAAUUUCCAAAUCUGGAAAAAAAAGGUUAUGUUAUUUCAGUGUAUAUUGUCUAUAAUUCAAUAUAAAAUAAAGAAUAGCAAACCAUACAAAGUCAUUUGAUUCAACGCAAUCCAAUACUAUUUUAUGCAAAUUCAAGUGUUUUGUGUUAUAAAAUAAACAAGUCC